AUGGGGGCGACUAAACCACGCAAUACUCCCCUGAUUCCCGCUUCAAAGAGGACGCGCCGGCUAUGUACAUACCUGGCCGAUGCACCAGAAUUUGACAAGUCCGUUCGCCUGAAGGAAGAGGCCAAGGGAGCACUAGGCGCUGCGAAGAUGACGUUUGAGGACGCAGACAAGAAACGCACCAAUACCAACGGCAGCAACAGCUUCGCAAGAGUCACAAGCUCAAGGAUACCUGAGGAUGAUACUUGGAGUCCUGUCGAAUUUGCCAUACCAGCGACUAUCGGGGACUGGCUAGAGCGCCAGAGAAUCACCCGCCUAGUUCCAGAGAGAGGGCUGGGGGUGCCGAAGCUGCGGUCGAAUUUGACCACCGCGCAGAAGCUCCGUGUCGUCGAGUUGGACGGAAAGUGGGCCGCAGCGAAGCUGGAGCGGGAGGAGGUGCACAAGAAGCGCAAGGCUGCCAGAGAGGCUGUCGAAGAGGACUUUCUAUCUCUCCCAUUUGCCGAAGAUGAUGGGCGCCAGGGCAUCUAUGCCAACUUUGCAAGUGGUGAUCGUCGACGUAUGGAUGAGGAAUAUGAUGUCUAUGUGGGCUCAUCUCGUCAUCUAAAACAGCGCGUUGCGUGGCAUCUGGGAGUAGCUGAAAAAUUUUCAGUGACCAACUUGCCAGAAGAACACAAGAAGAGCUUCCAUUAUAGACAGAUUUGUCGUGAUGGCGUUCGACAAGAGGCCUUCGAAGAACUGAAGAACGCAUUCGUGGACAUGCCCAUCCUUGCACACUUUGACCCUGAGAAAACCGCUGUUUCUCCUCCUGUGUCUCCCGCAGCCUCCCCUUCCGCUCAGCACUAUGUGUCGCGCCACGCCAGUCCGACUCCCGCUGCCAGUUCGGGCCAAGCCAGUCCUCCCGUCGCCGCCAGCCCGACUCCUGUCGGUUCGCCUCUCGCGGCCAGCCCGGGCCCGGCCAGCUCGCCACUGGCGGGCCCCCUGCGUUCCGACGGCUCCCUUGGCGUGCUGCCGCCCCUCGGGGCCCUUCCUCCCUUGUCCCCCGCUGCCGCCAGCGCCGAGCCCCUGCCCGCUGCUCUCCCCUGUCAGCGGUGCCUUAUGGAUGCCCUACACCAGGGCCGGGUCUGCUCCUGCGUGCGUGACGCCUCGUACGAGGAGGUUAUGCAAUUUUUGCAGCUUUCUGAUCUGAAAGCUACAAGAGCUGCAGGUGGAGAGAUUCGGUGCGACAACUGUGGCGCUGUAGAGAACCCCUCAAAAAGAGGUCAUAUUGCAAACUCAGAGACUGGAAAGGUCCUCUGUUACCUCUGUGACAGCCUCGCCCGCAGUCGCAAGACGCGUGACAGCGGCCCCGUGCAGCGUUUCAAGACCAAGAAACAGCUGAAAGCAGAUCGCGAGGCUGGGAGACCGAUUGUCUGCAGUAACUGCGGAACUAUCGAAGAUCCCUCGGCGCCAAAGGCAAAGGUCUUCCUUGUGAAUCAGAGAAGUGGCUGA